CUAUAACUUUUACACUCAAAUAAUGAGUAUACUCUACGUCGGCUAAAAAGUGCUAUUGUGUACGUAGCCCAUCAGUGUCUCGUUGUCAGUGCCAUCAUAUGCAGUAGUGAAUCGACCGUUCGUGUGAAGUCAAUAAUAUAUGUGCCAAAUACGCGAUUUGUUCUGAUUUAUUUCGACAAUUCACAAUCAAAAUUCAUUUCCAACAAUGAAAUUCGGAAAGUUCUUGUACUAUUCGAUAAGAAAUUUCUUUAUUUUCUUCUCAAUCAUAACAUUCAUUCCAUCGUUACCACCUACAACUCACUUUAAAAUCGAGUCGUUCAAAGUAAGUCCACCAAGACCCUUGAAUACUGUCCCAAACAAUUACCUGGACAAUGCGGAACGUCUGUUAGUCAACCGUGUACUGGGUCCGGAGCAUUUAAUCACCAACGGAAAAGAUAUUUAUGCAACAUUGGUAAACGAAGUCGUGAGAAUAAAUGGUGAUCACAUAACUCAUGUCGCCAAGUUUGGAAAGCCAUGUGAACUAUACCAAGACGCAUUAUGUGGCAGACCACUAGGAAUCGCAUUCGACACAAUCAGCGACGAUUUAAUUGUUGCUGAUGCAUACUAUGGAAUUUGGUCGGUAAAUCCCAAAACCGGCGACAAAAAACAACUAGUUUCACCAAAUGAGAAACUGGACGGUGAAAUUCCACGUCCUGCGAAAAUCUUUAACAGCGUAGCAGUGUCUGAAACGGGUGAUAUUUACUGGUCUGAUUCGUCGUCCGACUUCUAUCUUGAAGAUGGUGUACAGACGUUCAUGGCUAACCCAUCAGGCCGACUUUUCCGCUACGAUCGAACACAGAAGCUGAAUGUGCUACUCAUCGAUAGACUUUACUUUGCGAACGGAGUAGCGCUAAGUCCCAACGAAGAUUUUGUACUGGUUGCAGAAUGCGCUGGAUCGCAGAUUCGUCGAUUUUAUUUGAAAGGAUCGAAGGCUGGAACAACCGAUAUAUUUAUCGAUGGCCUACCAGGCACACCCGAUAACAUUACACCCGACUCAAAGGGUCUAUGGAUUCCGAUGCCCAUCUCACGUGACAGCAAUCAUCCAGCAUUGUGGCAAUCGGCCAGUAAUGCACCGUUGAUCCGUAAAUUUGUUCUGAGAGUCUUGUCACUGGUUGAGAUGCCAUUCAAAUCGAUUCUUGAAUUUUUCCCGAGUUGUUCGUAUUGCCAAAUGGCUCUGCAUUACAUAGGUCACUUUACGACUGUAACACCGUUGGCGCCAUCCAUCAAAACGGUGCUACGUGUUGACUGGAAUGGGCAAAUCGAAUAUGUUUUGUCGGGCAAAGAUAAAACGGUCAGGUCAAUUACACACGUAAUGGAGUUGGACAACUAUUUGUACUUUGGGUCAUUCGAUCAAGCAUACCUGUCCAGGGUAAAGAAACCUGCUGCAAUUGAAACCGAUGGUGGGUCGUACCGAAAACAGACUGAAAAGCCGACAACGACAACACCACGACCGACGACCACAACUACAGCCAAGCCGACAACCACAACAGCUAAGCCAACAACCACAACAACUAAGCCGACAACCACAACAGCUAAGCCAACAACCACAACAGCUAAGGCGACAACCACAACAGCUAAACCAACAACUACUACAGCUAAGCCGACAACCACUACAACUAAGCCGACAACCACAACAGCUAAGCCGGAAACCUCCCAGUCUACAACUACUACAGCUAGGCCGACAACCACAACAGCUAAGCCGACAACUACUACAACCGCUUCUCCAACAGUGACCACUAAAGCGCCACCAUCCGAACCAGCUCCAAUUCAUGAGGACAGGCCAGCAGAUACAAAAAAGCCUGAACCGGAAAAACUAAAAAUUAUCAAGAAGGGUGGAGCUCAAGGAGAAUUGUAAUUCAGUGAUUGCACAUUGGUCGAUUCGACAGCUCGUAACUGAGUUUUAUUCAAAAAACAUUUUGUUCGUUCAUUUGGCAGCUUAAACAUUAUUUGAAUUUCGUCCAUUCGAAUCCUCAAUCAUUUUAUCGAACUAGUCAUCAUGAUAGCUUGGCAAUGAGACUUUCUGUAAAAUAUUCUUCAUCAAUCAAAAUUUGUGUUGUGAUUUUAUGAAAUUUUAUCAAAAAAAAUACCUCAAAACAAAAUAGACAUUCCACGUAUAACUUCCACACAUUCCACUAUAUAUACGUCUAGCAAGCAAUAAUUUGUAAAUUUUAUGUAAGA